AGAAAAAAACAUAUAUGAAAUAUGCCUGUAAUGUAGGCUCUUCAGCCUUAUCCUCGGUGGAUUUCUCUCCCUGUAAGGAAGACAUAUAUGGCUACCAGAGUCGCCACUGUCUUCUCCCUCUUCCCAAACCCCAUUAAAACCCCACUCCCGCAAUCCUCUCUCCUAAAUCUCAAUUUUUUAAUUUCCAAACCCGUUUUUACUUCCAUUUCUAAAUUCUGUCUCCCAAUUUCCAGCUUCAAAUCAUACAAUGUGAGCGCUUCCAAAGAAUACAAUCGUCUCUCCUGCAGCUGCUUCUCCACAGCCACCACCAGCACCAAUUAUGAGUUUUCUGAUGGAUCUUCAGAGGUGGAAUUGAGAUUACCACUUGGAAGCCAAGAUUAUGAGAGUGGCAAAGAUAUAUUUGUGGAUGCAGAUGGCACCUCCUUGAUUGUCAGAGUAAAACGCUCAGGCUCUUUCACCACUCUUAUACAAACUAAUUAUCUAUUUGACAAAAUAAAGCCUGCUGAAACAAUCUGGUACAUAGAUGAUGAUCAACUGGUGAUCAACUUGAAGAAGCAGGUUCCAGAAUUGAAAUGGCCCGACAUUGUGGAAUCAUGGGAAUCCUUAACAGCAGGAGCUAUGCAGCUUCUUAAAGGGACAUCAAUCUACAUUGUUGGUGAUUCAACUGAAAUUAACCAAAAAGUUGCGCGAGAACUUGCAGUGGGUCUUGGGUAUACACCCCUUGACACACAGGAGUUGCUGGAAACAUAUACAAAGCAAACAAUUGACUCGUGGGUGUUUGCUGAAGGUUCAGAUUCUGUAGCUGAGGCAGAGAGUGCUAUAUUAGAAAGCCUGAGUAGUCAUGUUCGUGCUGUUAUUUCAACAUUAGGAAGGAAGAAGGGAGCUGCUGGAAGGUCUGAUAGAUGGCGGCAUCUUUAUGCUGGAUUUACCGUCUGGUUGUCACAGACUGAAGCCACAGCAGAUGAGGGUUCAGCAAAGGAGGAGGCCAGAAGGCAUGUUCAAGAUGGUAGCCUGGCUUACUCCAAAGCUGACGUGGUUGUCAAGGUUCAAGGAUGGAAUGACGAUCAUGCUAAAAGUGUAGCUCAGGCAUCCCUGAGUGCCCUCAAACAGUUGAUCCUGCCAGACAAGAAACUCCCAGGUAAGAAGAGCCUUUAUAUAAGGUUAGGAUGCCGGGGUGAUUGGCCAAAUAUCAAACCUCCAGGAUGGAAUCCAUCAGCAGAAGGGGACGCAACCGCUUAGCUGCUACAGAUUCUUUCUUAUGAACACCGGAUGAACAGAAAACCGAACAAAAUUACAAUGUUUUUAGAAACACUGGAUUGUCUUGAAUUACUUGAAAGUAGUGGUUGGCAAUUGGGAUCUUUGGAAAUGAUAUGAGUAAUUACAAUGCCGAGAACCUUUUUCAUCAAA